GACCCUGAGCUCAAGACCUGAGCUGAAGGCAGAUGCUUAACUGACUGAGCCACCCAGGCGCCCCCUAUUAUGUACCUUUGAAUGGAGAUUCUCUCUUAAGCUAAGAAGAUGUAAUCCAGAGGAGAGAUGGGUGGCUAGGUUGGCAUUCUCUGUCUUCCCUUUCUCCCUCAGCCCCAGAAAACCACAGGGAAAACUGUAAAAUAUUCUUGUGACUCGAUUUAUAUUAUGACUACUAGUGUUAUCAUUGUCAUUGUUUGCCUCUAUGAAUCUGCUUAUUUUUAGUUGACCUUUCAGAGCUUCUGACAACAUUCCUCUACAUCAGUGGUCCUUAAGUGGGGUCACCUUGCCCCCAGGGGAUAUUGGCACUACUGGAGACAUUUUGGGUUGCCACAGCUUGGGACGGUGUGUGCCACUGGUGUCAUUAGGGAGAGGCCACGGGUGUACUCAUGUGUUGCCUAGGACAGCCCCCCGCAACACACAGUUAGCUGGCCAAAAAUGUCCACAGUGUCAAGACUGAGAAACCCUGGCUGAAAUCAACACAAAGGGGAAAGAAAGUCUCCUACAGAUCCUCAGUGAAUCAAACUCUCCUCUCUCCUGUGUUCUCCCCAGCCUCUGCCCUGCCUGUGUCCUUAAACUUCUAUAAUCCUUAUAAUCGCCCCAGGAAUACAAUUUACAUUCUACUUGUUUUCACUUAAUAGCACAUGCUGAACUUCGUCCCUCUUGCCUCCUUUUCACAAUUACAUUUUUAAUGGGUCUGAUGGAGUCUUCUGGGCGGGUUGAUGCCCAGAGGUCAGCUGACCAGUCCACCUGUCUUCUCGGGGCUGGUGACCCAGAGACGUGCCAGGUGGGCUGUGUGGGGAAGGGCUGACUCGGGCAGGCCCAGCUGUGGCUGGCCCUGCUCCACCUGCAUCCCAGGCUAAUGCCAUCACUGUCUUCAUCAUCAAAAGGCCUUUAUGAAGCGCUUUGGUGAAUGUAUCCUGGCCCUGCCCGGGGGGGAUCUUCUGCAGAGAUCUUCCCACCGGCUCCUGCCAUCUGGGGCAUGUUGGCUCAGACAGACAGCAUAUAUGUCUUCCAAGCACGAAGGCAUCCAGAGACCGAGCUGUAGGCCCCAGGCAGAGGGUGCAAAACCAGAUUCUUAGGCAAUCUUCAUGACAAGAGUGUUCCAUGAGCAGGGCAUCCUCUUCGGCUACCGACACCCACAGAGCUCCGCCACUGCCUGUAUCCUCAGCCUUUUCCAAAUGACCAAUGAGACUCUCAACAUCUGGACUCACCUGCUGCCCUUCUGGUUCUUCGUGUGGAGGUUUGUGACCGCCUUGUGUGUGACAGACAUCCAGAAUGACAGCUACUCCUGGCCUCUGUUCGUGUACAUGGGCACCAGCUGUGUGUACCCCCUCGCAUCCAGCUGUGCACACACCUUCAGCUCCAUGUCCAAGAACGCCCGCCACAUCUGCUACUUCCUGGACUACGGGGCCGUCAACCUCUUCAGCCUGGGCUCAGCCAUCGCAUACUCGGCCUAUUCGAUCCCGGACGUGAUGGUGUGCAGCACAUUCCAUGACUACUACGUGCCCCUGGCCGUGCUGAACACCAUCAUCAGCACCGGCCUCUCCUGCUACUCCAGACUCGGCUUUGCAGAUGGAGAGGCUGGUUCGUUUGCCCCUGGGGAAGCACUUUAUCAGGCUGGGCGAAAUGUUGUCUCAAGUCACAGGAAAUCCAUGGUUUGGGGGAUGGCCCUCGCCAGCCAGAGCCAGCUUUCUUCCUGUCUGUUCCUGCUCCCCGGGGAGAGUGCGCAGAAUGAAGCCGUCCUGAACCACCAGAAGCACAUGGCCAUGACCCUCCUGGCCUCUUUCUUCUACUCUGCACACCUGCCAGAGCGCCUGGCACCUGGACGCUUCGACUACAUUGGUCACAGUCACCAGCUGUUCCAUGUGUGUGUGAUACUGGCCACUCACAUGCAGAUGGAAGCCAUACUUCUGGACAAGGCUCUGAGGAAGGAAUGGCUCCUGGCCCACUCCAGGCCCCUGUCUUUCCCUCAGAUAACUGGAGCCAUCCUUCUGUGCCUCAUCUUCAGCCUCAGCAACAUAAUUUAUUUCUCAGCUGCUCUGUAUCGGAUUCCUGAGCCAGAAUUACAUAAAAAAGAAACGUGAUUCAGACCAUGUGCUUCUCGUGCCAGAUGUCAACCUUAAGCUACAACAUCCUAACCACCAUAAGCCAGGGGCAGGGUGCCUGUUUCCAAAGGUCGAAAGUAUUCACAAUGGCUGAUGUCUUAGCAUUUUUGAGUGGGUUCAUGUCAACAAGAUAUUGAACUGGGGAAGUUUCUCUAGAGGUGCACUGAUGCUAUAUUAUGAUUUUAAAAGGGGAAGAUGGGUUCAAGUAAGUCCUUGUUUGGGCAGAUUCUUAACAUUUCAUUAAGUUUUAAAUUGAUUUAAAAUGGGUUUUUCAAUUCUAUUUAAACAGUUGGAUUAAGCAUACCACCCUUGUAUUUAGUAGCUUGACUAUUAAACACUUGAAUGAAGCUUUACCACCCUUGUAGUAUUACCCUUUGCAAAUGGAACUUGCUUCAUUUGAUGAGUUCCACAUAGCACUGCAUCUGCUAAGAGGUCCGCAGUGGGAGGGACGAGCCAGAAAGAUCAGUGUAAGGAGCCUGAAUAAGAGGAAGCUGGGUCUGUGGGAGCUCUGGGGACAGGGCAAGCACUCCAGAAUGGAGAGACCUGGUUUGGGGAAGGGUCUUCUUUCCCCACGUAGUGAAGGGAAUGAAUAGAAAGAGUCCUCUUUCCCACAAGUCUGUUCUGCCUUAAAGUGCCAAUUCCCAUGUCAUGUGGAUUUGGAUCUUCUUAGAAGUCCACAUGGCUGGGUGUCCACGUUGUGUUUUUCUCUGUUUUCUCAUUGCCAGUUUGAUGCUGCACAGUAUCGUGUAGGACGGGUCCAUUGUGUUAUGGGUGGGGGCUGGCUGACUUAAGCCCAGUUGGCUGUGUUCAUCUGUCACCUUUUAAAUGAGUGGCAGCACGAUAUUUGGGGAUGUUAUACAUUUGAUGUCGCUUCAGCAUUUUAAAUGCUGCAGAUGUUAGUGUCAUGUGCAGAGGAUGCUAACACCUUGCUAAAGGGUUGGUCAACUGUAGUGAUUCUCGAGCUUUACCGUGAAUCAGAAACGCUUGGUGGGUUUGUGACAAAUGCAGAUUUCCUGGCAAAGUCAGGAGAUUCUGCAUUUGUACAUGGUUUAAAAUGUAGGUCCUUUAGAGGAGGUUUGCCUUAAAUCUGAGCAAGUCCCCAGGUGAUUCUAAUGCAGAAGGGCCCCAGGCCAAACUUGAAGAGAUGCUUUCCUCGCGAAUUCCAGAAGGCACUGGGCCUAUCAGCUUUGCUGGGAUUGACCUAAUUUUCAGCGACUUCCCACCUAAGGAUGUUUCCCCUGCUUUCUACUCUGCAUGAGCCUGAGCAUUUUCUCAUCUUUUGCAUCAGGAGUUAAAGUUUAGUAUUUCAUGGUGUUUUCAGAGAGUACGGAAAUGCUGAUGCUGAACAGUUUUUAACAGAGGCCCAUCAACCCCUGAUCUGCACUUGCUAAUGACUUAAGGGGCUGUCCAUCACAAAGCAGGAUCUUCUUUGCUGACUCAGGAACACCCCCAUAUCUUAGAAUAUUGCCUCUAUGGUUAACUGGCCCAGAAACCCAAAUGGCCUUGUGAAUAGCUCAUCAUCUAAUCCUCUAAGGACAAGUAAAAAUUUAUAUUGGAUGAGAGUGGUCAAGAAAUAUGAUUUCAUUAGUUUUAUUAUCUGUUUACUUCCUCUGGGGAAGUUAGACUGAUAAAAUUAUAUGGGCUGGUAAAUUUUUGAUACAUUAAUUGCCGUUGCAUGACAAAAUUUCGUUUUUGGCAAUGAUCUGACACUGUUAGUUAGUGGAAUUUUACUCCAGCAGGGUCUGUGGGCUUCCGUUUCAUCUUGCUGUAACUGCAGUUUUAUGCUGAGAAGUACAGAGUUUAAAUACCCUAUUCUAGUAAUGCCAAAGACAUGAAGCUUUAUUAAUAUCUCUUAUUUAGAGAGAGUAAAAUAAUGUUCUUUGUUUAGCUCAGAAAUAGUUGAAAGGUAAUAGGUGACUCAUCUGAAGGACCUUUAGAUUAUUUAAUUUUUGGUUAUGUGGCUUUUUCGUCAUACUGCAAAAGAAAUGUUAAAUGGAAAAGAAAUGUUAAAUCCACAAAAUAGGAGCAGGGUUUCAUAAUGUUUUUAGAUGUUCGGUAAACUUAGUCCCAUGGUAUACUUUUGGACAGUGUUACAAGUUAAAAUUUGAGAACAGUUCCAAUAUACUGAUUUGGAAACUUCUAGAUGUGGAAAAUGGGUUCACAUAUAUUAAUUACUGUUAGGUAUUAAGAGUAAUGGGGGUAGAGUUUUGUGUAAGCCAUCCCAGAAAGUCAAAAAGGCUGGCAUUGGAUAAGCCGAAGACCUCACUGGGAAGAGGUCUUUUCGUGUAGCGGCUCUCAGCGUUUUUUGAGUGUCUCAAUUCGCCCUGGAGAUACGCCAUUCUUCCAUUGGUAGGGACUGCUCGCCACGCCACUGCCUCAAAAGGGAUUUUGUGGGGGGUGACAGACACCCGAUGGGAUGUCCCCGUUCUUCCUCCCCUUUCUUGAGAAACACUACUCCAAAAUUUCCCAGAUGCUACAGUUGGGAUAAAACUUGAAUGUGUUCGAAUGAGGCCAUGUGGUCAACUUCACCUUCCUCCGCUCAUCUUAAGAGUUUCACUUUCCAUUGCUCAGUUUUGGAGAGAAAAGGAAUUUGUCACUGUGGAUUAGAAUGAGAAGUGGGAGGUUUUAGAAAUCAUUCGAGUACAAAGUGGUCUAAAUAUUUGGUCUGCUGUAGUCUUUCUCAAAGUGCUUGUUGUGGAACCCAGCUCAUGUGCGAAGUUCUAAGGAAGGCAAGGUGGAAGAGAACGGUGAGGUCGCAUGUGUUGGAGAGACCCUUCAUUUGGCUCUAUUGUGUCCCAGAUUUGUUUUGGCCAUGGCACUAUAUGAAACAGCUAUUAACACUGUAUGACAACACUUUAUAACAUAUUAGUUGAAUGCCAGCCUCUGAUUUUCUAGUCAACAAUGCAUCAUGGCCGAAAAGGCAAAGACCCAUUUCCAAACUCAGAUGUUCUUCCAACUUACAGCAAUGUCUGGUUUUCUUAAAUUGUGUGGGAGAAAGAAAAUAAAAUUUAUUUAUUACAAUAAAGACCUA